UUGACACAACAAACAAACAUAACCUCACAUUUAUGGCUACUUGAAGAUUGUAGCUGCGCAAUUUUCUCAAUUUUCCUUGAAAAUCUCAGUGAGUUUAAAGGAAUUAACAACUGUAAGUGAUUCAGUGUUUUCAAUGGACGUGACUCCGGAGAAGCCACAAACUGAGACUUCCCGUGGAAGUCGCCACACACCAACUCCACAGAUGUCCGAGAGGAAGCGGGCACUCUUUGGCAGGCACAACACCACAAAUCUCUGCCUUACUGUUGACGAAGAUUCCGAUUUGGGCCCAAUGAGUCCCAUUCGGUACAGCCCCGUUGAGGAACUUGAUGAUUGUCCUCGAUACACAUUCCAAAACAUCCUGCUAACGAAACCAAUUACACCGGACAUGGAUGAAGCGUCGAAUAUGAGUUCGGUGAUUUCUGAUCAAACCCCGAUGGUUAAGACAGAUGCAAUUCCCGUGGAGUCUGAUGUAUUGGGGAUGGAGAAGGAGAAUCAUUCGGAAAAUGAUAUGAAAACCCCCGAGGUCGGAAAGCAAAACUACUGCAAGGAUUUGCGAAUUUCCUUCAAGAAAUCCCUGAUUUUGGGUGAUAUCAGCAUCCCACAGAGUUUGGCUGGGAAGGGUUCACGUAAGUGGUUGGCAAAGUGGAAUAGUGACAGUGAGGAAGAGAAUGCCACGGAGAAGAUUGCAAAGCAGGAUGAUGGAGAACCGCUCAAGGCUAAGACUUCCUUGACAUUUGAACCACCUGCCAUCUCACCGCUACGCUUCUACACACCGGACGCCACAAAGACUCACCGUCGGAUGGUUUUUGCAAAGCAACCCGCAACAACGGGCAGGAGGUAUGUGCGUGGGGUCAAGAGGGUGGGUUUAAUUAAUAAGGGUGUACGGCAUAAGAUAAGUAGACCAAAGUUGCGGGAGAUGCACAAGGCAGUGGAGAAGCCGAUGAAGGAGAUUGUGAAGAGGAAGGUUAAUCCGAUAAUUCCGCAGGAGCAAAUUGAGAGGUUGAAUAACAUUCUCAAGAAUGCCCGGAAUCCCAUUGAAAUGGCUCGUCCGUUGUGCCCGAGAGUUGAAUCAUCGGAUGAGGAGGAGAUUGAGGAAGUCGUGGUGGAGACUGAGGAGGAGGAGGUUAAUGUGAAGCCUGGGAAGUUCUUCAAGAGUGGCACAAAGCGUACGAAGAAGUACCAACUCACUAAUACUCUGUCGGCAACUGUUAAGGGGGGCAAGAUGACCAUUGUACCGCUGAAGAAGCGAAAAGUUCGCGUGGAAACCUUUGGUGGGGAGGCGCAGGAUGACUUUAGGGAGGAACGUAGUGAAAUUGAGGGGAUUAUUAAUCAACUAACAGCUGAAGAGGCGGAAGAGGUUGAUGGGAUCAUUGCAAAGGUCAAUGGGGAUCCGUAUGAGGAGUUCCGGAAGAGGAUUCCCUACAAGACAACUGAUCCCGUUGUGAUUGAUCGUCAAACAUCCAUCCUUGAGCUCUUGAUAAGUAAUCAAAAGUGCACCGAAGAGACAUUCAAGGUCUUCAUUGGUGAUCCGGAGAAUCACAAAGCGGAAGCAGCACGAAUACUCGAUGAGAUGUUUUGCCUCACAAGUGGCGAAGGGGAGGAGAAUGUGCCACAGAAUGAGCAGAAUGAGGCAGAUGCGAAGGUUUUCCCGAUUUUCCGGAAGAACUUCACACCACCCGAUGGGAUGAGGCAGAAGGUGCCACAUGGGAAGCAAUCACGUCGUCUGUGGAGACCCAUUGGGGCGGGACAGAUGCAAAUUGAUGCGGGGCAGAAGAAAUUCGGUGCAACGUACUGCAGUGAGUGCAAUCUCGUGUAUUCAGUGCACGAACCGGAAGAGGAGAAGCUUCACUGGGAUUUCCACAAUGCUCUCACACAUAUCAAUUUCCGCGGCUGGCAGGCGGAGAAUGUGGUACUUGAGGUGCCUGAAUGGGGUGCCGCGGGGCGGGUUAUUUGUGUCCAGACCACAGAUUCGCGUGCCAAAGUAACACGUGUGGAGAAUCUCCUGUUAUUGAUUGAUGCCGAACUUGGGGCAUAUCCGCGUCCAAUUCCACCCAAAGCCAUAGCCUACCUGGCCAUUGCGUACAAUCAGAUAAUGGGGGUUUGCCUGGCGGAGCCCAUCACCACGGCAAAUCGUCUCGUUCAGAGCAAUGGCGUUGAUUAUUUCUCCGAGGAAACCUUCCCGGCACACUGUGGAAUCAUCAAACUCUGGACAGCGCUACCCUUCAGAGGGCAAGGAGUAGCCCGACAGCUCAUCAGAGCCGUCCAGGUGCAUUUUGUCUUUGGCCACAUACUCUCCUUCGAUGAGAUUGCCUUCAGUUCCCCCACAGAAGCAGGCAGAGAGUUUGCCAUCAAGCUCACCGGAAGGAAUAACUUCCUCGUCUACCCAUAAAACUAAUUAUUUCCUCAAAAAUUCUCUAAAUAAGUCUUUUGUGUCAUAUUUUUCCCUUUUAAAAUAAUACUUUUUUGAUUCUUUUGUGUUGAUUUCGUACAAAAAAUCUCAUUUUCUUCAUUUGACUUUCUCUAUUUUAAAUGAAUCCUAAGAAAUUUGAAGCUCUCUAAAGCCAUUUUAAAGUUCAAAAUAAUUCAAUCUAUUGCCAUAAGGUCGAGAUUUGUUCAUAAGGUGAAUUUUUUAAUUAAAUAAUUCUAAGUCUAUAAAAUAAACUAAAAAGGUUCAAUACUUCUCUUAAAGUAAAUUAAGUAUUUUUGUCAAUUUUGUAAAGAUUUUUUUCAAUAAAGUUGUUUGAAAAAAGCAA